AUGGACUCCUUCAGUGCCGAUAUGCGGACAAAAAUCAAGCUUUCAAGGUCGAAAUCGCAUCUCCAACAUAGUUUUAGAUUCGACCCGCGGCCUUGUUUAGUCAUGUCAACGAGCUCGCGUAACAACCAGCAACCCCACGGCGAUGAUGGAUUUGGCGCCAUUCUGGUGAUCCAAAGGCGCUCGACAGCUGGUUUGCAUUGUGGACAGAAAGAGAGAAAUCCUGCAGAGCUUCGCGCCCUGCAAUAA